CUACCCCGCGGCGCGAGCCGAGAGCGGAGCCGCCGCUCGUAGCGAGGCCAGGAGGUGCGGUGCUGGUGGCGACCGUGCCGGCCAACUGCCGCCGCUGUGGCCACGGGACGAGCUCGCGAUGGGAGGCGCAGCCCGCGGGCGCGAGAGGAGGGACGGGGCGCUGCCGGGGACCGGGCUCCAGCCGCAGCAGCGGAGGCUGGGGGAUGGUGUCUACGAUACCUUCAUGAUGAUAGAUGAAACCAGAUGCCCCCCCUGUUUAAACACACCCUGCAAUCCUGCUGAAGCACCUCUCUCCAGAAGACUAAAUAGUACCACUGAGCCAUUGACGAGAAAUCACACUCAUCACUUCGUGAAUGGAAGUGAGAUGAAGGUAGAACAGCUGUUUCAAGAAUUUGGCAACAGGAGAUCCAGUACUCUUCAGUCGGAUGGCGGUAGCAACUGUGAAAAGUCCUCUCCUGUUUCUCAGGGGAAGAGUUCCGAAAGCCUGAACACGGUGAAAUCCAGCAGUUCAUCCAAACCAUCGAAAGUGCUGCCGCUGACUCCCGAGCAAGCCCUGAAGCAGUAUAAACACCACCUCACUGCCUAUGAGAAGCUGGAGAUCAUCAGCUACCCAGAAAUCUACUUCGUGGGUCCAAAUGCCAAAAAGCGACAGGGAGUUAUUGGUGGCCCCAAUAAUGGGGGAUAUGAUGACGCGGACGGGGCCUAUAUUCAUGUGCCUCGGGACCAUCUCGCUUACCGCUAUGAAGUGUUGAAAAUUAUUGGCAAGGGGAGUUUUGGACAGGUAGCCCGUGUCUAUGAUCACAAACUGCGACAGUACGUGGCCCUAAAAAUGGUGCGUAACGAGAAGCGUUUUCAUCGUCAGGCAGCUGAGGAGAUCCGGAUUUUGGAGCAUCUGAAGAAACAGGAUAAAACUGGUAGCAUGAAUGUUAUCCACAUGCUCGAAAGUUUCACCUUCCGGAACCAUGUGUGCAUGGCCUUUGAGCUGCUGAGCAUAGACUUGUAUGAGCUCAUUAAGAAAAACAAGUUUCAGGGUUUCAGUGUCCAGUUGGUUCGCAAGUUUGCCCAGUCCAUCUUGCAGUCCUUGGACGCUCUUCACAAAAAUAAGAUCAUUCACUGUGACCUGAAGCCAGAGAACAUUCUCCUGAAACAUCACGGGCGCAGUGCAACCAAGGUCAUCGACUUUGGGUCCAGCUGCUUCGAGUACCAGAAGCUUUACACCUACAUCCAGUCUCGUUUCUACAGGGCCCCAGAAAUCAUCCUGGGCUGCCGCUACAGCACGCCCAUCGACAUCUGGAGUUUUGGUUGCAUCCUUGCAGAACUCUUGACAGGACAGCCUCUGUUCCCCGGCGAGGAAGAAGGAGACCAGUUGGCCUGCAUGAUGGAGUUGCUAGGGAUGCCCCCACCAAAACUCCUGGAGCAAUCCAAACGUGCCAAGUACUUUAUUAACUCCAAGGGAUUGCCUCGCUACUGCUCUGUGACUACUCAGGCAGACGGGCGGGUUGUACUUCUGGGGGGUCGCUCACGCAGGGGUAAGAAGCGAGGCCCCCCGGGCAGCAAAGACUGGGCCACAGCACUGAAAGGGUGUGAAGAUUACUUGUUCAUAGAGUUUCUGAAAAGAUGUCUUCAGUGGGACCCCUCUGCCCGCCUCACCCCAGCUCAAGCAUUAAGGCACCCUUGGAUUAGCAAGUCUGCACCCAGACCUCUCACCCUGGACAAGGUGUCAGGGAAACGGGUCGUUAAUCCUACAACUGCUUUCCAGGGACUGGGCUCCAAGCUGCCUCCAGUCGUUGGAAUAGCCAGCAAGCUUAAAGCUAACCUAAUGUCCGAAACCAAUGGUAGUAUACCCCUGUGCAGUGUAUUGCCAAAGCUGAUUAGCUAGUGGACCGCUCGGAGAUGCAUAUGUAUGUAUUUUUAGUUAACCUUGCAAACAUGCAAAUGGAAAAAAAUGGAAGCCCAUUCGCUGAUGGAUAUGUUUUUGUUGACUAAACUUUUUUAACAAGGCAGAACAUUUUUCUAUGACUAUAAACGAACUCUUCAAGGGCUAAUUGUCUAACCAGCUUGUAUUGGCCAUCUGGAGUAUACAUUAAAUGACUUUUUAUAGGUCAAUACAUCUUUGUCUGUCUCGUCAGAGGCACCUCAACCCGUGUGUUAUGCUCUGGGUUUAAAUCUCUUUAAGAUCAAAGAUAUUCUAAAGAUAUGUGCUGUUUCUCUCCUCUCCUGUCCCUCAGCAUCUGUCUGGGAGGGUAGUUUGGAGUUGUGGAAGGCAUGCACGUAGAGCAAAGCUAGAAUUCUGACCCCAGCAGGCAAUCCCGUGGGCUCAUUCUGGGUGGAAAGACUCGCACAGGAAUCCGGGUGGCUGUUUGUCACCUGAGCAGUUAUCACUGCAUAGCGUUCAGGGCUUUUGUCUUUGUUAUUUUCCCUCUGAGUUAUAUCCUGGGUACUCAGUGGUUUACAGACCCUACCUUUACCGAAGAAUCCUGUGGGUACUGCUCUGCUCUGCCAAUUUCCCCCAAAGGCCAGUGAGUUAAAGGCCUGCUCCCCAGCACUGCAGGGGAAGGGAUGGGCUGCAGUGUUAGGUAUUGGGUCAUUGUGAACAUGCUCUGGAAGAGGAUUGUGGGGCCCCGGUCUCACCCUCUUCCUCUUUAAUUCCUGGCUGUUAAGUGAAGGCUUUGCUCUGCCACACACUCCAUUGUGAUUUGAUAUCCCAGGCUUAGGACCACAUGGCUGGUCAGUCAAGAGACUGAGACCUCUGAACCGCAUGCCACAAUAAAGUUCAACAUCUUAGCUGUUCGUUACAGUAGCCAACCCACACUGAUCUCAAAGCCAGCUCACGUGUCCUUCCUCUGCCAUCUCAAGCGAAGCUAACUGGAUGUCACAAAUGACCCAGAGUGCCCAAGGUAGAUUCCGCAUGAAAACUGCAGUCCCUACCUUGGUCGUCAGUAGCUGGACUACUCACUGCAUUGUCACGGGCUCUGGGUUUUAUGAAGGUGGUUGUGGUCAGGUAAGCUCACAGCACAUUAAAUGCCACUUGCUCCUUAGUGUUCCACACUUUGACUCUGAACUUCCCACAUGUCCCUGGAUGCUCAGUUAGAAGAAGAAAGCUGAAAGCACAGAAACGUGUUUUCCCUUGUCCUCCCUCCAGCGGCCUUCCUUUGUCCCUGACAUUUAAAGUUACAUGGCAAAAGCUGGUGGUGCCUGUGACUGCUAGCCACAUGUCUCACUGGAAGAGGGUGUACAGGGGAUAGGAGCUAAGGGACUCAGCUUAGCAGUAUCCCUAGUAACCUGUGGGUCAUGACACCUUUGUGUGUGAGGGGUCACCUAAGACCAUCAGAAAAUAGACAUUUACAUCACAACGCAUAACAGUAACAAAUUACAGCUAUGAAGUGACAACAAAAGUAAUUUUACAGUUGGGGACAGGUCACUACAAGAUGGAGAGCUAUAUUAAAGGGUCCCAGCAUCAGGAGCGCGAGAGAACCUCUGCCCCAGAGCAUAUAUUGCAUUCUGCUGUGUCCUGCAGUGACCCAGUUCAAUUUUUCCCUUUCCCAGCGCCAAGGCCAGAGGCAGG